CCACCUGGAUAUUUUUGCAUCUCCAAUUGCUGAUACAUCACUUGGGUCACAAUUGUUUGCUAUAGGAAAUAAUGCUGUUCAAUUAUGGACAAAAAUUAUGGCAUGUACAUUAGUACAGAUUUGUGAGAGUGAUGGCUUACCAGGAUCGAUUUGCAAAAAAUGUCAUGACAAUUUAGAAGUAGCAUACAAUUUCAAAAUGCAAUGUGAAUCAACUGAUAAUCAGUUACGCCAAAUUCUUAAUCUACCAAUGAAUCCUUCUUGCAUGGAAAAUAGAAAAGAAUAUUCUCAUAUACAUUAUACUAAUAUUGGCUAUUUCCAUAAAUCUGAACUUACUGGUGAAAACUCAGCUUCUUUCAAUAUUAAUAAAAAAUCUGUACUGAGUAGCAGUGAUCGAAAACCAAAUAUUGAUAAUAUUAUUGGUACAAAUGAUUUAAACAAUAAACUGCACAAUAGAGAAUAUAAUGAAAUUACAAUAAAUAUUAAUCGAACACAAGAAUCUGAUAUAGCCAUUGCUAACAGUUCCGAUAAUCAGCUUGAAAGUGUAAAACCACUUAAACUGAACUCAACAAAUCAACCAAAGACUUAUGAAAAUGACAGAAUUGAAGCUAAUGAAGAAGGAAAAUGUGAACUUUGUGGAAAAUUAUUUAAAUCGAAAAAGCAUAGAAUACAACAUAAAAGAAUUCAUAACCAGAAAAAGAAUCAUGAAUGUAAAAUAUGUCAUCAUAAAUUUGCAUCACACAGUCACUUGCUGAUGCAUUUAAGAGUUCAUUCUGGUGAAAAGCCAUUUAUUUGUCAAGUUUGUGGCAAAGGAUUUAUGCAAUCAUCAGGUCUUACAAUACAUAUGCGUUCACAUACAGGUGAGCGCCCUUUUAAAUGUGAUAUCUGCAAUAAAAGCUUCACGCAAAGUAGUAAUUUGCUGCUUCAUAAAAAGAUUCAUUCUGGCCAAAGAGAAUAUGUUUGCCAAACUUGCCAAAAAGCAUUCAAAUUUUCAAAGCAUUUACAAAGUCAUAUGAAGCUACACACUGGAAUAAAAGACUUUACAUGCAAUAUUUGUCAUAAAGGAUUUAAUAGGAAAAGUUAUUUGAAAAUUCAUAUGUCUAUUCAUAGAGGUGAUAGGCCUCAUAAAUGCAGCUUUUGUGGACAUGGAUUUUCUAAUUCUUCAAAUUUAACUGCACAUAUAAGAAUUCAUACAGGAUCAAAGCCAUUUGAAUGCCCAGUAUGUAAGAAAUCCUUUGCUCAGUCUUCUGCUCUGAACAGGCAUAUGUUACAACAUUCGUAGGGUGUUUCCUCCAAAUGCAGGGAUUAUAAAACAUUGUUUCUAAUUUAUAAAAUACAUUUAUAAUGUAUUUACAAGUAUGAAAUUUAUUCAUAUAGAUUUUUA